AGCGGCCGACAAUUAGCCGUUUUCCGAUUAUUACAUCAAUUCCCUCUUUACGCUACUCUUGUUCAAUGCUGGCCUUGUUUUCCGACUGUUUUUUGUGUUGUCUAGUUUGUUUGUAUUGAAUGGUAAUACGUUUAUCUCAACAUUGUAAAAUUUAAAUAAGAAAAGAAUAGGAGCGCGAUGGUGAAUUGUUACUCCAAAUAGACUUUAAGGGAGGAAUCGGGACAAAUCGGAUGAAAAUGUUGAUAAAUAAACGCUGGUCUGCUUUCAAAGCGUAGUUUCGCGGCUGCAUAACGCGGGUUUCGGUGCCACUGUUUAUAUGCGUCAUGCCAAAGCAGACUGGUGUUACUGAAACACCAAAAUGAAUAUGAAGGCAUGAGAAUUGCCGAGCAUGUUUAGCCGACAAUAACUUGCCGUUUGUUUUGUGGUGUUUGAGUUCCUAUAUACUGCAGCUUCCGUGCACCUGUAACGUUACGCGUUUUCGGAAACUUUCGGAAAUAUAUUAGUGCCGUCAUCAUUAAGACGGUGCCUGUUGCUUGUCAUGAACAUGCAAAGCUCGGCAGUUCGCGGCGGCUACUGGGCGCGUCGGAUUCGCGUUGCCGUUUCCACGAAUCCGAUAAGCGGAGCCGCGCGUCUGCGGGCAACUCGGCGAGUUUCACUCCGCGCAUCCGACAUAAAACACCGCAGCCACAGCUGGAAGAAGAGGACAAGAAGGCGACUCUGCUGUCAGUCACAACCCUCACCAGGUGAGGUGGGGUCCUUGACCAUGGGCGCACCUCCUCCGCCUCCUCCCCCUCCUCCGCCGCCCCCUCUUCCGCCUCCGCCGCCUGGUCCGACCAAUGCCGUCGGUGUGCACGGAGGCCAUUUCAGCCGGGCUGGCCACCGCCAGUCCAAGAUGCGCAACUUCAACUGGGAUACGUUACCGUGGCAACGUGUACUGGGCAAGCGGAACGUGUGGACGGCCUCACGGGCGCGUGAGGAUUUCCCGCUGGACACGAAGUGCAUGGAGGAGCUCUUCAGCCGCCGUGACGCUGCCCGGCCCAUCAGUGACUGCAAGGGCACGAGUGUUACCAUGACGACAGAGAUGAUUUCCAUCCUAAAUUCCAAGAAGUGCAUGAACAUUGGCAUCUUUCUGAAACAGUUCAAACGGCCGGUAAUGGAAUUGAUCAGGGACAUCCGACAAGGCAACUGGAUGACUUUUGGAACGGGCAAGUUGAGAGAGUUGUGCAAGCUUCUGCCUGAGGUGGAGGAGGUGAAGUUGCUGAGUGCGUUUAACGGCGAUUGCUCCCAGCUGACAGAGGCGGAUCACUUCAUGGUUAAGCUGGUUAAGGUGCCUGGCUACGAGGAGCGGCUCCACAGCAUGGUCCUCAGGGAGGAGUUCUUUCCGCUGAUGGAGGAGAUAAAGGAGGCUGUCACAGUCAUGACAACGGCUGCCAAUGAGCUGCUGAACUGUGACGACCUGCACUCAGUCAUCCGGUUGGUACUGAAAGCCGGCAACUACAUGAACGCUGGCGGCUAUGCUGGCAGCGCUAUUGGCUUCCGGAUGUCCUCCCUGCUGAAGCUGGUAGACACAAAGGCCAACAAGCCAGGCAUGAACCUCAUGCACUACGUGGCCAUGCAAGCACAGGAGAUAGAUACUGCUUUGCUGAAGUUCCCAGAGCAGCUUCCACACAUCAGAGCUGCGGCCAGAAUCAUUAAGCAGGAAGUGGAGAUGGACUUUCGGAGGGAGGUGGAGAAAGUUCUGGAAGCGAGGGUGAACGCCACCAAGCACCAGGAACUGCAAAUGCAGAUGGAUGGCUUUUUCAUGGAAGCAGAGUCCCAGGUGGCUGAGGUGGAGUCGUCCUUCCAGGCCCUGAGCUCAGUCAGUCAUGUGGUGGCAGAGUACUUCUGUGAGGACCCCAGCCUCUUCAAGCUGGACGAGUGCUGCUUCAUCUUCCACUCCUUUUGUGAGAAGUUCACGCGGGCUCUGCAGGAGAACCACGAGCGUGAGGAGGCAGAGGAACGGAGGAGGCAGCAGGAAAGACAGCGCAAUGUUACCAAGCGGCGCUCCACUGCCACUUGCUCCAGGAUGGAACGCGACAUGGAAAGUGUGGCUCUGGAGAGCAUCCUGCACACCUACCUGAGCAGCCGCUGCGCUCGCCGGAAGGCGGGCCGGGCUGCCGAGCCCGGGAACGCGGGUAGCCCAGAACGAGGGGAACCACAGCUGAGCAGCUGGUCUUCCAUGCAGGAUCUGAGAUCCAGCGUGCCCCGGGAUGGGCUGCCCUCCAUCAACGACACGCCGACCCCUAAAGCCUGCAGGUCGAGGGGUCAGGCUUUGCUCCCCAAGUGGAACGGCUCUCGGCUGGAGAAGCCAGGCCAGCUCUCAUUGGAGGAGGAAGAUGAGGCGGACGCAGAAGUGGCAGAGGAGGAGCCGAGGACGCCGGAGCUAGCGUGCCGGGUGCGUUGGGGCAGCCUGUUUCCUGGGGAGUCCCCCCUCCAAGCGUCAUGGUCACCUGGCGGAGCAGCCACUCCGUCAGCCAAUCGCAUUCCUCAGGACGAAGGCAGCCCCCGGACCAUCCUGAGCCUGUCGCCCAUGACGACGCCCAAGUCCACUCGCCGUCACACCAUCUCCAUGCCCCUGUCGGCAUCUUGGUGUGAGCUGCACUCGGCACCCUCAACUCCCAUCCAGGCCACGCCCCCUCCAACCGAAACCAUGCCCCUGACGCGAUCCACACCCCCUCCCCUGGACCUGGGGGCAAAAAUGAAGCCUGCAGACAGCUUUCUGUCCUCCCCUAUCGCAGGUGAGGCCUCUAAACCCACGGUGCUCUUGUUGUCCAGUGACCAUGAGCCGGGGGGGCCUGUGCAGGGCCUGGGGAUUGCCUCCAGUCCCCAAGAGGAUGGAGGGGUCACUGAGUCUGUCCCCAGUUUCCGUCUGGGUCACCUGUUCCUACGGCGGCAGAAGUCCACGGCACCCAGGUCGGAGAGGCAGGACGGCUCUGCUUUUGUGUCCUUCUUCAAACGCCUCGGAGAACGAGGUGGUCGCCAUGGUGAUGACGAUCUGGAGGUAAUCAUCAGGGACUCCUGAGGAAACUGGUUACUUCGGGGGGGGCUUUAGGAUAAUUUUUAUUUAUUCUUAAAGAUUACAGUUUUAAGUCUUUUUCCCUAAAAUGCAAAGAAUUGCUUCUUAUGACCUGGACCAGUUUUGAUAAAAGCUGAGGGCAGAGUCGUGCCCAGAGACAACCGUCGUUUUGUCCGCCUGCACAUCGCCUGCAGACCGCCUGGCACAUGUGCUCCUGUGUGCUGACUUUAUGGUUUCAUAUCUCUGCAUCAUACCUUUUAUUUUUGUUUUUUUUUUUACUGAUCUUACCGUGCACACAGAGGUGUUCCUGGAUUCCUGGAACUGCCCAGCUCAAGUGCUCACCGGAACCAUUCUGUUUGUGAACAUAGUUAUAUUUAAAGAGGUAUGAUGUAUUUUUAUAUAUACAUAAAAAUAAAGUGUGGAGUUUCCACCGUCUUCUGUCCUGAUCCUCAUUUCUCCCACAAAUGAGGACCCAAAUGAAAUGUGUGCA